AUGGGCACUACAUUGCUCAACAGUCACAAUGCAUACCUCUCCGUCAACUUGGCCCGCGUGGGCCAGAUGUCUGUGCGGAUCAGUCAAUUGACGAAGGACGACGAACUCAUUGACGGCGUAAAGGAAACAUUUGCAGUGAAGGAUGGUGGACGGACAGUCACCACUUGUGAGGAUGCCAUCUCAGGCCUGAAGAAGAAGAAGGAAUUUGUCGUACAGUUCACAACAGCUGAAGACAGGAACUAUCGCCAAUCGGUGCAGGGGGCCCUGACUGCUGGACUUUCGAAUAUGAAAUCGUAUCCUGAUAAUUGGCAGGAGUUCUGGACGCAACCCGAGGGCGCCAACCUCGCAAGCCUCCUCUGGUCUAACAGUACCAAAGUUGGCUGCGCCGUUGGAAUAUGCACUGAAGGCACACAGGAAAACCGAAAUACAACAAAAAGCGCAUAUCUUUUUUGUCAGAUGGACCCUGCAGCGGAGGAGAACAAGGCUCCUUUUGACAAGGAGUAUUACGAAGCGCUCACUGAACGAAAAACAUUACUGACAGCAAUGACUGAGGAAGACCUCAAAGCUCCUGUCCAGGGCGCUGCAGCUGCCGCCGUACCCUCCCUUCUUGUAGCAGGCCUAACUGCUAUAGUGGCAUUUGCCUCUGCAUAG